CUAAAAAUAUGGUAUUUGGAUUGCCUUGGUUUGGUUUGUUUUCAAUUUUUAUCGUGCGCAAUGGCCAGCGAGGAACUAUUUGAGGCUGAAUUCUCGGAAGAACAGGACUUGGAGCGUCAGCAGCCCAUGGAGACCGAGGCGGCGGAGCUAGCGGAAACAGAGGAGGCUUUGGAUAUCACCGAGGAAUCGCCGGAAAAUCCUGAGGCGGAAUCUACAACAGAACAAUUGGCAGAAAAACCAGUGACGAAUGGCAACAAGGGCCCUGCUGAUAACGAAGCCAAGAUGACACAACUGCCGUUGGCCAGGAUACGGAACAUAAUGAAACUGGAUCCGGAUCUGCAUAUGGCCAACAAUGAGGCCGUGUUUAUAGUGGCGAAGGCAGUGGAACUAUUCAUAGCCUCGUUGUCCCGGGAGUCAUAUACCUACACGGCGCAGUCCAAAAAGAAAACCAUACAAAAGAGGGACGUGGAUAUGGCCAUUUCUGCUGUGGACAGUUUGCUAUUCCUUGAUGGAGCCAUGAACUUUUGAACACCCCCACGAAUUAAACUGGAU